AUUUAUCAGAAUUCAGAAGGCGUGGUCUUCUUGAACAGUCGGACAACGAAAGGAGAUGGCGUCGGAGACCUCAUCGACGCCUUCUUCGUCUCGUGCGUCAGCGGAGCCGUCUUCUUCCUCAUACACCGCCAUCCGUGAUCCUGGAAGAAUCCUUCAAUUCGAUCCGUUUCAGAGCCUGGUGGAUGAGGGUUUCUGGCAUCGCCUCUCUUCCCUGAAGCUAGACUCCCUCGGCCUCGACCAAUCCCCCAUCUCUCUCACCGGUUUCUAUGCACCCUGUUCACAUUCUGAAGUAUCAAAUCGCUUGACACUUCUUGCGGAAUCAUUGCCGCCUGAUCCUAAGCAGCUAGAAUCACCACUCGAGAGAGUUCAUGGUAAUCGGAAUAGAUGUCCUGUUCCUGGAACUCUUUACAACAUGAAUACGUUGGAGAGCUUCAAAGCCCUUGACAGAGUAUCUCUGCUCAAAAUGGAGGCACAAAAGAUAUGGGAUGAUAUACAUUCUGGGAAGGUAGAGGAGGAUAGUGCUGUGCUUUUGAGAUUUCUUGUCAUCUCAUUUGCUGAUCUGAAGAAGUGGAACUUCCUUCACUGGUUUGCAUUCCCUGCUGUGGUUCUUGAUCCCCCAGCAAUGAUACUCAAUAUUCAAUCAGCAAAAGAUGCACUCAAUCAGGAUGAGGGACAAUCCUUGUCUGCGGUAAUGAAUGAAUGGCGCAAUUCAAGCUUAACAACAGAUGUGCCAUUCUUCUUGAUCAUCAUAUCUUCAUCACAUGCCACUGUUAGGCACUUGAAGGAUUGGGAAGCUUGUCAACAUGAUGGUCAAAAGUUGUUAUUUGGAUUUUAUGAUCCAAGUUGUCGUGCAACUAACCCUGGAUGGCCUCUUCGCAAUUAUCUUGCUUUCAUUAGUUUGAGAUAUAACAUUGGGAAAAUCCAAUUCUUUUGCUACCGUGAGAAGCAUGGUUUUGCUGAUUUAGGUUUAUCUCUUGUUGGCGAAGCUGCGGUCUCACCGCCACAAGACUGGAGAGAACCACAGAAUAUUCCCAAAGCUGUAGGCUGGCAGCCAAAGCCCAAAAAUAUAAGGCUUGCAGAAUCUAUGGAUCCAGAGAGGUUGGCUGUAUCAGCUGCGGAUUUGAACUUGAAAUUGAUGAGAUGGCGUACUUUACCAUCUUUGGAUUUAAAUAUUUUGUCUAAUGUUAAAUGUCUACUUCUAGGUGCCGGUACUCUUGGUUGUCAGGUUGCCCGUAUGCUUAUGGCCUGGGGUGUGAGGAAGAUGACACUAGUAGAUAGUGGCAAAGUAGCCAUGUCUAAUCCAGUGAGACAAUCUUUAUAUACAUUUGAUGACUGCCUUAAUGGUGGCAGUUUUAAAGCCGUUGCAGCUGCAUCAAGUUUAAAACAGAUAUUUCCAGCUAUGGAAGCAGAAGGUAUACAACUUUCAAUACCAAUGCCUGGACAUCCUAUACUUGCCAAUGAAGUAGAUCGUGUUCAUGAAGACUGCAAGCAACUCUGGGACUUGAUUUCUUCCCAUGAUGUGACAUUUUUGUUGACAGACACAAGAGAAAGCAGAUGGCUCCCAACACUGCUUUGUGCAAGUGAGAACAAAGUUGCUAUUACUGCAGCUUUGGGUUUUGAUAGUUACCUGGUCAUGCGCCAUGGAUCUGGUCCAUUUAUCACUGUAUCAGAUCAGACAGACAACCCAUCUGCCCUAGAUGAUGGCGUGCAGCGGUUGGGGUGUUACUUCUGUAGUGAUGUUGUUGCACCUAUUGAUUCAACAUCAAAUCGCACAUUAGACCAACAAUGUACUGUUACACGCCCUGGGCUUGCACCCAUAGCAUCUGCCCUGGCAGUGGAGCUUUUGGUUGGACUUUUACAUCAUCCAAAUGGGAUACAUGCACCGGGUGAGAUUGCCAACUCCAUUAUGAGCUCCAGUAAGGAACCACUUGGUAUUUUGCCGCAUCAAAUUCGAGGUUCACUUCCUCAGUACUCCCAACUGACACUCCUUGGCCACUCAUCUAAUAGCUGCACAGCUUGUUCUAGUACCGUGGUGUUAGAGUUCAAGAGGCGAGGCAUCGAGUUUGUACUGCAAGCUAUUAACCAUCCCACUUACUUGGAGGAUUUAACUGGACUAACAGAGUUAAUGGAAUCUGCCAAGUCUUUCAAUUUGGACUGGGAUAAAGAAACUAGUGAUGACGAUGAUGCUGAUCUCUAACUUCACUCAAAAUUUCAUCUUCCAGUAAUAACUUAAUCAACUAAAUCAUCUUCAUCCCAAGGAUCUCUAUCAAGAACAUUGCUGGUGUUUUUUUACUUAGCCACAUUGUUUAAUUUAUAGAUUUGCCAGUGUACAAACUGAUUAUUAACUGGUUUACAAAAACAUACAAAUUCUUUGGUUACCGACAAAGGUAUAGAUCAUCUUGAGGGUGUAUGAACUAAAAUAUUUAGUGCUUUAGAGCUAUAUUCUUCUUUUGCUCUUCUUAUUUGUAAUAUCUGUACUCGGAACGUUCCAAAUUGUCAAUUUUUCCCUCUUCUUUUA